UUUCUUUAAAUGUCAGUGCGCAAGCUCGUGUAAAGUGAAAAGUGAAAGUGCAACAAGAAGGAAGAAUGAAAACAUAAACAUGGAAUUAACGAACAUCAGAUGUGGAUUUACUUGUCUUCUUGUCUUAAUUUGUUUUUGUGGAAUCGAGAAGGUUGCGUGUGAUGGCAAUGCUGUGAUUUUUGCCAGACAGAAUUCCUCUAACAGUGAAUGGGGAGACCAUUUCUGUGUUCUGUACAAUCCAUUCUUCCAUUCUCUCCCACAAGAGAAGUCAAAAGCUAAGGCCUAUGGCCUGGUGAACUUGUCCCAAGAUGAGGGCUGUUUUUCCAGUAGUGUUUACACCAAUAAAACUGACGUCAGAGGUAAAAUCGUGGCCUUCUCCAGAGGUAAUCGAACCUGUACCUUCACAGAGAAAGCCAUGAUGGCCAAGAAACACGGUGCAGCGGGGAUAUUGAUUGUGUCCGAAAACAAGAUCUACCCCGGGGCCAAUCAGACGACACAAUCAACAUCAUCGUAGCCAGCAUCAAAUCUACAGACUUCUUAGACAUUCUG